GGCCAUUAUAAAGGUUAGCUGCCUAAGCGGCGGCCUCUCCCCCUUGCCACCAGCCCACCACCACCCCUCGCCAUCAGAGAGCCAGAGAGUGUUCAGCUCCAGUUCCAGUUGCUCCACGCGACGAGCUGAGCUCCGCUGAAGCUCGAGGGAAGCGCUACUCUGCAUCUAGCCUCGCCAUGGCGUCAGGGGAAGCAGAGCCGCUGCAGUACACGACCACCGUGCUGCGGGUGUCCAUCCACUGCGAGGGCUGCAAGAAGAAGGUCAAGAAGGUGCUCCACAACAUCGAAGGAGUGUACAAGGUGACGGUGGACGCGGCGCAGCACAAGGUGACCGUCACCGGCAGCGUCGGCGCCGACGCGCUCGUCAGGCGGCUGCACAAGGCCGGCAAGCAGGCCGCGCUGUGGCCGGCGCCGGCGCCCGCCGCGGUCGUCGAGGCGGCCAAGAAGCCCGAGGAGGUCGACCCGGCGCCGCCAGCGGCCGUGGAGGGCGAUAAGGUCAAGGAAGGCGCGGGCAAGGCGGACGCGAAGCCGAAGGAGGCGGCCAAGGACAAGAAGCAGCCUGAAGCCGAGGGCAAGGAGAAGAAGCCGGAGAAGGACAAGGGCUCCGACAAGAAGCCCGAGAAAGCCGAGGCCGCGAAACCCAAGGACGAGGCCAAGAAGGACGUCGAGGUGACCCCGCCGAAGGAGAAGGGCUCCCCUGAGCCGACAAAAGAAUCCGCAGCCGCCGGCGAGGAGGCGGGCGCGGAGGAGCCCAGCAGCGGCAAGAAGGGCAAGAAAAAGAAGAACAAGCAGCAGAAGGAGGGCGGCGAGUCCGAGACUGCACCGGCGGAGAAGACGCCGCAGCCGUCGAUGCCAGCGCCGGUCCCGGCGCCCGCGCCACCUCCCGGUCCGGAGCGCCCCCUCGGCGGGUUCCCGUACUACGCGGCGCAGCCGGUGAUGAGCUACAACGUGGCGCACCCGAGCUCCAGCGUGUCGUACUACGCGCCCACGCCGGUUGGGCACAUGCAGCCAAUGCCGACGCCUCCGCCGCCGCCGACGACGAUGGCGCCGUACGGGUACCCGCCGUACCCGCCGAUGAUGCCGCCGCCGAUGCCGGAGUUCAUGUACGGUCCGCCGGGCAUCCGGUCGUCCCCGCCGCAGGAGUCGUACAACAACAUGUUCAACGAGGAGAACGCCAACUCGUGCAGCGUCAUGUGACGCCCCCGCCGCCGCCGCCGCCGCCUCGCCGGACGCCGCACGGUGUCGAGUUGUAGUUAGAGGGAGGCUUUCGUAAUAGAGGCCUCUCCUGUCGUGGUUACUAUAGGUGGUAGAGUACUGGAGUACUGUCAAUUAGGUGGUCAAAGCUCCCCUUGACCAGAAUUUUUUUUCUUCUCUCCUUAUAAAUUGCUCUUUAGUGCACCAUGUAAUCAGGUGAUGAUAUUCUAGCACCACCACUGCUUGCGAUGUGUCUUUUUGCUACUACUUUCUGUUAGUUAUGAACUCCAU